AUGGCUUCUUCUCAAGAACAAGAAACACAAGGAUCAUCUACAUCAGUUGAUCAACCUCCAUUGUGGGACUUUGUGACUAAGCUCGAUAAACUUGCUGGAGCAGGAGGAUGUUGGGAGUUCAAGUGUAAUCUUUGCAGUGAAACCCGACAAGGAUCAUAUUCUAGAGUUAGAGCACUUUUGCUUGGCAUAAAAGGUACUGGGAUUUCUAUUUGCGAGAAAGCAACAACAGUUGACAAACUUAACAUGACACAAUUAGAAGAUGAGUAUGAAAAGAAGAAAACCGAGGACCAACUGGAUCAAGAAAUAGCUAGAAUAUUUUAUACUGGAGGUUUACCUUUUAAUCUUGCAAGAAAUCCACACUAUGUCAGGGCUUUUCAGUUUGUUGCUAACAACAAAAUUGAUGAAUUGAUUAAGAAAUUCAUCAAUGAAAUUGGUCAUGAAAAUGUUGUGCAAAUCAUUACCGAUAAUGUAGCAAAUUGUAAGGCGGCUGGAGAGAUUAUAGAGAUUCAGUUUCCUCACAUCUAUUGGACACCAUGUGUUGUUCAUACACUUAAUCUUGCUUUGAAGAACAUUUGUUCACCAAGGAAUGUGGAAACAAAUGAACUAACAUAUGAACAGUGCCGCUGGAUAAAAGAAGUUCAUGAAGAGGCGUUUGCAAUAAAAAAUUUCAUCAUGAACCAUAACAUGAGGCUCUCGAUUUUCACCAAGUUUACUCCUCUUAGGUUGCUUUCUGUUGCUGACACUCGCUUUGCCUCCAUCAUUGUGACGCUUAAGAGAUUGAAACUUAUCAAAAGGGGUCUUCAAGCUAUGGUCAUAAGUGAAGAAUGGUCUUCUUAUAGAUUAGAUGACAUUGAGAAAGCAAACUCUGUGAAAGAAUAUAUUUUGAAUGAUGAUUGGUGGGAUAAAGUAACAUAUAUUCUUAGUUUCACUCGAACUAUAUAUGAGAUGAUUAGAGCUUGUGACACUGACAAGCCAUGUUUACACUUGGUCUAUGAGAUGUGGGAUUCUAUGAUUGAGAAAGUGAAGAUUGAGAUCUACAAGAAAGAAAAACGUCCAACAUCUCAAAUAAGUUGUUUUUAUGAUGUUGUGCAUCGUAUUUUAGUGGAUCGAUGGGUGAAGAAUAACACUCCCCUACAUUAUUUAGCUCACUCUUUACAUCCAAGAUAUUAUAGUGAUGCAUGGUUAAUGGAUGAUUCUACAAGAUGUGCUCCACAUAGGGAUGGAGAAAUUUCACAAGAAAGGAUGAAAUGCUUUCGAAGGUUGUUUCCUAAUGAUGAUGAGUAUGGUAGAGUCCUUGAUGAGUAUGCGAUGUUUUUAAUGAAGAGUGGUCCUUUUGAAGAUUUAACAAUCAUUUCAAAGAUGGCUACUAUGGAACCCAAGAAUUGGUGGGUUAACUUUGGUGCUCAAACUCCUUUUCUCCAGACUUUGGCUUUUAGAUUACUUGGACAACCUAGUUCUUCUUCUUGUGCUGAGCAUAAUUGGAGUACUUAUGCAUUUAUUCACUCGCUUAAAAGGAACAAGUUGACUACAAGUCGUGCUCAAGACUUGCUUUACAUCCACAAUAAUCUCCGAAUUUUGUCAAGGACUCCGAAAGAUGAUGUAAAGAUGUUGGAUGUGGGCGGAGAUGCUUUUGAUUCAAUGGAAGACGUCGGGUUUUUGGAGUUUGCAGAUCUCUCACUAGAUGAACGUGAUUUUGAAAAUGAUUUAAUUAUUGAUAAUUAG